AAGAAAAAUCCUAUAAGAAAUAGGCUUUCGAUUUCCUUGUAAAAUAUGGAAAGAAUUCAUCAGAAGAAGAUAUACUUGGGGUUCGUAAUCAGUCCAAAAAACAAAGUCUUGGUCAGUCAACGGAGGGAAACAGAACUCAUUGCCCCUACUUAUAAAUUUCACGAACUUCCAUUCAGUUUCUGCCUCACAGAUCAUCCCUAUUUCUUGAAGGUUCUUCUACUCUUCUAAUCUAUCUAUUCACUCCUAUCCAACAUACAAAAAGGCUAGUUAUGGCUGGACAGCAUCCUGAAGAUGAUGAUUCGAUCGUUUUCCUAAGCAUUACACCGGAAAAUGCUGAAAGUGGAGGACUUAGAGCAAAGAAAAAAUGGGAAACAAAACUUCUUUCAGAUUCACUGUGGAAUACGAUCAUUGUAAUUUCAUGUGUUAUUGCAGUUUCCCUAGAUCCCUUGUUCUUUUACAUUCCAUUCAUUGAUAAGGAAAAGAAAUGUCUUGGAAAGGACAAAACGUUGAGGAAUGUGGCUCUUAUUUUGCGAUCUCUCACAGACGUCACGUUCUUAGUGCAUAUUGGAUAUCAAAUUUGGGAAGCUGGCAAUAAGGCCUAUAAGGCAAUCACAAGAGGAAAAACAAUGUUGAAAAAUAAUGAGAUAAUUCCAUUUGCUAAGAAGUUUGCUGGGUAUUUGUCAUGGCUCUCUUUCUUAACUGACCUUCUCGCUGUUCUUCCCAUGCCACAAAUUUUAGUAGUAUUGCUUUUCUUCAAAUUAAAAGGGGAGGAAUAUUUGGAACACAGAAAGGUUUUGAACCUUUUUCUUCUCAGUCAGUAUUUGCCGAGGAUUUUUCGAAUUAUCUUAUCAUCCAAGAAACUUACAAAGACAGCUGGAAUAUGGGUCAAAGCCGUAUUCAAUUUUUUUCUGUACAUUCUUGCCAGCCAUGUACUUGGAGCCUUUUGGUAUUUCUUUUCCAUUCAACGAGAGACAUCAUGUUGGCACCAAGCUUGUACAAAGACAACAAAUUAUACAGGAUGCAUGAGUACCUUUUAUUGUGAUGAUCACAGUACUUUAAGAAAUAUUACAUUUUUCAAUGAACGUUGUGGUGUAGAAUUUCCAGGGGACACUAAGCCGCCAUUUAAUUAUGGAAUAUUUCUUGAUUCCCUUCAGAAUGAUGGUAACACGGGGGAUAUAGAUUUUCCAACCAAGUUAUGCUUCUCUUUUUGGUGGGGCUUGAGAAAUCUAAGCAACUUUGGCACGAAUCUCACAACAAGUAAUUAUGUGUGGGAAAACUUCUUUGCAAUCAUUAUUUCUAUCACUGGUGUGCUACUAUUUGUAUAUCUCAUCGGAAAUGUGCAGACAUUCAUUCAGUUGACAACCACAAAAUCGGAGGAACUAAGGCAAAAGAUUAAAAGAACAGAGAUAGUGUGGGAAACAUGGAUGGACAAAAAUCGUGUUCCUGAAGAAUUGAAGAAAGAAAUCAAGAAAAACAUACAUAAAAAAUUGGAAAAAGACAAAGAUGCCGAUCUGGAGAAUCUAUUCGAUCAAGAAAAACAUAUUCUGAAGCAUCAUCUUUGCAGGGAUAUUCUAUCACAAGUACAAUUCCUUAAGGUUAUGGAUGAAAAAGUGCUGAAAAUGAUUUGCGACUAUGCGACGCCAGUGACGUUCCCCGAAGAUAAAAUCAUAUUUCAAAGUGGGCACCCACUUGAUCGCAUGCUCUUCAUUUUAGAAGGCACCGUCUUCACCUACAGCACAACUUCUGAUCCUGGUCGUACAGGGGCCUCCCCAUCAAUUCCCACCAAGCAACUUGGGAGAGGGCAGGCUUAUGGAGAAGAGCUUCUGAUGUGGGCAUCGCCCAACAAACCUACGGUUGACGUUCCUACCUCCACCGAAUGUGUGAAAUGUCAUACAAAAGUAGAAGGCUUUGCUCUCUCAGCCAAGGACUUGAUAAGUGUAGCCACCAAAUGCCGACGCUGGUGGAACUUAAACAAUGACCGUUGAUUGAUCUCCCACCUUCUACGCCCAACUCCACAAAAAAACUAUCAUCUGUUAAAUGCUACUUCUUGUACUAUAUGCAUAAAGGUUGUAUCCUUCUUAUUACCUCGUAAUGUUACUAUGAUGACCUGAAAAAUGAUUUAUUAUGUAUACAUUUGUAUGCUCAUACCUCUGAGACUGCAUCUAAAUCAAUCUUAUGGCUUCUUCUGAAGCACAGAUACAUUUUUCUUUACUAA